AAUUCCCUUCCAUAAGUCCACCUUUCCCCUCUCUCAACUUCAACAUAUUUCUUUUUUUUCUUUCUUUCUUUCUUGGUUUUCAUUUAAGCUCUAUUAAUUACCUAUCCUAUUCCACAUUGGAAAAUAUCCCUUGCUAUCAAUAUAUAUUUUUGUUUACAUGUAAUAAAAAAAAAAUUAAAAUUCAACUAAAUUAUUCUCCUAGCUAGAUAGUAUACUUGAAGAAAAUGAAGGUUGGUGGUAGAAAGCAAGGUACAAUGACACCAUGUGCUGCAUGCAAGCUUCUAAGAAGGAGAUGUGCUAUUGAUUGUGUGUUUGCUCCAUAUUUUCCAGCUGAUGAACCCCAGAAGUUUGGGAGUGUCCACAAAGUUUUUGGGGCUAGCAAUGUGAACAAAAUGUUACAGGAAUUACCAGAACAUCAACGAAGUGAUGCAGUGAGUUCAAUGGUAUAUGAAGCAAAUGCAAGAGUAAGGGACCCUGUUUAUGGAUGUGUGGGAGCAAUAUCCUCACUGCAGCAACAAGUUGAUAUGCUUCAAACUCAAUUAGCACAAGCACAAGCAGAGGUUAUUCAUAUAAAAAUGCACCAAUUCUCAUCCACCUCAUCAGAUCAACAACACCAACCAUCACUAAAUAUGCCCCAAUCCUUGUGGUCAUACUAGCUUCUUUUUCUCAUCAAUAUCUUCUUCUUUCCCUUAAUUAUAUAUAUAUGUAUAUCAUUGGCUUGCUUAAUUUAUUGUCUGUCUUAUAUUAGUGACUUCAUUUUCUCCUUUUUACAUCCUAUGAUUAUAGUUAAUUAGCUACCCUUUAUAUGUAAAUGACUAAACUUGUAAUUUACUUUUUCUAUACAUAAAUCAUUGUAAUGUUAUUAUUUUCUUCUUA